AUGGUGGGCAAACCAAUUUCUCAGAGCACUACUGCUUCCAUGUUCCCGCUGCUACAGCAGCAUAAUUUGGACAAGGAGUAUGCUGAGCUCAUGGAAAGACUCAAGUCGGCUCUGUCCACCUCAGCGUUACAUGAAUUGAUCCACCAGAUCGACCUCCAAACAAACAACAUCGACUCCGAUUUGCUGCGGUUGGUCACUGUGGGAUCAAAGAAACAUAUGGCGGAAAUCUCGCUGUUGGAGCUUUCUCGAGCCAAGUUGUCUGGUGCCAUAGCCAACUCCAACGAUUUGACCAAAGUGUUCACUUCAGCCAACGAUUUGGGCCAUUCACUCACAUCAAGGAUAAAAGCCUUGGAUAGGGAAAUCAGAAACGUUAACUCCACGUUGUUGUUUGUGUCUGACGUCCAGCUCCUCAAAAACAACAUCAGCCAGACCCAGUACGCCAUAGAGAAGGGAGAUUGGGAUUUGGCAGCCAAUUGCAUCCAUAUAAUCAAUCAUAAACUUAGUCCGAAGCUUGUAAAUGGAAAGUUUGCCCUGGUGACAAUCCCAUCGUCCGAGAUUCCUGAGCUUCCUGCUCCUACCGUGAAGAUGUGGACUGAGCAGCUAACCCAAGAAUUCCAGACACGUUUCAACGACGCAGCCAAAGCAAGGUCCGUGCCAGAAAUCACGAAGUACUUUCAGCUUUUUCCUCUAAUUGACCAGGAGGAAGCCGGACUUCAGUGCUAUUCAAAAUUCAUUUGUUCAAUCAUUACUGAUACUUCACGAACGUUGAUAAACUCGGCGACAAAAGGCGAAGCGAGACUGGGGAUAUACGCUACGGUUACACAGAAUCUUUUUGAAAGCAUUUCGACCAUGUUGUCGCUGCAUACGCCCUUGAUUAAUAAAUACUACGGAACCUCGUACCCAGACGCAGUGGUGUUCGUGGUGUCCAAGAUCCAGCGUGAAAUCGAUUCCCAAAUCGGAUUGAUUGCUGAUACUUUCUACGACGUUAACAGAGUCGACAAGACACUUCAGGAUAUCAAGCUACAUAAGUUCACUGAACUUUCGCGCCGCUUCUCUGACCAUUAUCAGCAGCCUGAGCACGAGGAAAAUGAUGUAUACGACCAUGACAUCGUUCCACUUGUGGAGAUCGGCGACUUAAUUCACGAGUUUUCUAGCAUAUUGCACCAUUGGUCAUUAUACUGCAAGUUCAUAUCAGCAAAGUAUCUCAGCAAGAGUCAGUCCCAACAGGACGUGCUUGAAGUACCUCAAUUGCUCAGCUCGUCCCAUUUCAACAAAAAAAUUCACAACAAAUUCUUGCCUGCUUUCGAGGCGCUAUACACAUACUACUUACGUCGCUCAUUUGAAAAGGCCAUCACAAUCGAGGAGGUUCCAGAUUUAGACGCCUUCUUGGUCACCACCGCGGAAUCAAAGGCCCCCGAUCAACCCGCUGUAUCAUCUGUCGUAGAGGAUCUCAGUUUGAUCUUCCACAAUACUUUGAGAAACAUUCUUGAGUCAUCACAACCGUCCACCGUCAAGCACUUUGUCACGGAGUGCUUUAAAGUUCUUCGAACAGAUUUUCUUGAUGGCUUCAUUCGCAGGGCUCUCCAGGAUAAUCUGCCAAGAUACAACAAAACGCUUUCCCUAAUAUCGGCUCAUAGCACAGUAUUAAGCGGCAGCGUCAGCCCCUCAGUUUCAAGAUCAGGCACUCCAGCUCCUGAGUCUGUGAGCGGGUACUUUAAAGGUGCUUCCUCUGCUUUUGGUAAUAUAGUAGGCACCGGAAGCUCAAUGGUGACGGGGUCUGCAGGGGGUCAGCCAAACGAACCAAAACUUGUCAACUACGUUGUUUAUCUUAACACAGUGGCCACUGCACAACAAUUCAUUCAUCAGAUUGUGGAGAAUACUACUCAGCGUGAUCCACAAUACAUUAAGAACAAUUUUCCUUUUGGUAUGGAUGGAGAUAGGAUAAAGAACAUAAUACGAGGAGAUAUUUUGGAGCCGUUCACUGCCGCCACAAACGAUGUGGUGAGACAGUCCUUGCGCAAUUUCUACAACCAAUCCAUGAAAAACAGGCUUGCAAGCAUAGUGAACGAGGCAUUCUCUGAUCACAACGACACACGUUACAUGGCGUACUCCUCAACCAUAUUAAAUGAUCCAUCGAGUAUGAUUAAGUUCAAGAACUCAUGGGGAAGCAUGAUCAGUCCCUAUAGACAAACAAUGCACAAGACAUUGGUAUUUAAUAAGUUGCUCAGGCUUCUUGUGGUUAACCUUGCCAGCAUGAUAGAAAAAAGGUUGAUGGUGGCACUCAAGAAAUUCAAAAUCAACGAGUUGGGCGCUUUGAAGCUCGACAAGGAUGUCCUGUUCAUUAUCAACGAAGUGUGUGAGGAUGACUACGAACUUCGAGAAAAGUUCGUGAGACUUACGCAGUUGGUGCUUCUUGUGGGAAUGGACGAGGAGGAAUAUCAGCUUAACUCUUUCAGUAAACUGAAUGAGGAGGAGGAGGAUGAAGAGGAAGACAACGAUGUUGGCAUCAACUGGGUCUUGACACCGCUAGAGAGGAAGCAAAUUCGCCGUUUCCGCUGUUAG